AACCCACAAUGAGAACCACGCGAGCGCAGGGCUGAGAGAGAGAGACAGCGCACCCCAACCUGCCCCUCAACCCCCGGACACGCGCGACACACUGGGAGGAGCAGCUACGGCGCGCGGAGCCAUCGGGAGGAGGACCGGCUUUGGAGACCCCCGGGGAGGACACGGAGGGGACAUAACACCGGAGCGGCUAUGAUCGUCUCAUUGGCCGCGGUUGCCUUGAGCAGCGGCUUAAACUCCUCCUCGGGACUGGAACCCUUCGACACCUCGUCAUGGGGCGUUUCCGAGGAGCCGACCAACUCCUCCACCGAGCCCAUGGUGCGGACCGUCCCCUCGGAAAUCGAACCGGACACCCCCACGAUGGGCGCGCAGGAGGUUAGCCCGUGGGACAUCGCGCUCUGUGUCACCGGGACGCUAAUUUCCUGCGAGAACGCUUUGGUGAUCGCGGUUUUGUUCUACACGCCCACUCUGCGCGCGCCCAUGUUCAUCCUGAUCGGAUCGCUAGCCGUGGCGGACAUGUUAGCCGGACUCGGACUCAUUUUGAACUUUGUCUUCACGUAUUUGGUGGACAGCUCCGUAGAAUUCGUGACGCUUUUGUCCGUGGGAUUGCUGAUUUCCGCUUUUUCCGCGUCGGUUCUGAACAUUCUCGCCAUAACGGUGGACCGCUACCUAUCGCUAUACAACGCCCUCACCUACCACACGGAAAGAACAGUGACUUUCACCUACGUUAUGGUGGUUUUCAUCUGGGUCUCGUGUCUGACGCUCGGCCUACUUCCUGUUCUGGGCUGGAAUUGUUUCGAAGACGAAUCCACCUGCAGCAUUUGUCGCCCGGUAACCAAAAACAACGCCGUAGCUCUGGCCGUAACCUUCCUCCUCGUCUUCGCCCUGAUGAUGCAGCUCUAUCUCCAGAUCUGCAAAAUCGCAUUCCGUCACGCGCAGCAAAUCGCCGUGCAGCACCAGUUCGUCGCCAUCUCCACCACCAAGGGAGUGUCCACGCUGUCGGCCAUCUUGUGUGCCUUCGGGGCGUGCUGGCUUCCCUUCGCUAUGUACUCCAUCGUCGCGGACUCCUCCUACCCGGCGAUCUACACCUACGUCACCGUGCUGCCAGCCACGUGCUGCUCCGUCAUCAACCCCAUCGUCUACGCUUUCCGAAACCCCGACAUCCAGAAGUCACUGUGGAUGGCGUGCUGCGGUUGCGUUCCGAGUUUUUCGCUAAGACCAAGGACUUCCAGUGACGUGUAGCAAACAGAAACGGAUAUUUGGAUAUUUCUGAAGCUGAGCCAACGUCGCGGAGAAGGAUGUGGCUUCGACCAAUCCUCGCAAGCUUGUUCAAGGAGCUAACUGCAAACGGACAGCGCUCGGUUGGACAAAAGAAGAAGGUAAAAUGGAUAGUUAUUUUGGAAAUGAAACUAACUGCAAAACGUGUUACACCGUCAAGUCUGAUUGUUUAAGUUGUGAUCAUAGACUGUACAUAGAAGUGGACUAAGUGAGUGUGACGUCACCCAUAGCGUUCGGCUCUAGCUAAACGAGGCUAGCAGUUAUAGCAGCUAAUUUGAGGCUCCAUUCCAUAUUUGGAAAUCCAAGCGCGUGUAUCAUAGCAACCAAAGAACCGAUCAGAAACGAGGUUGUUGAAGGUAGCGCUCUUAACAACACGGUCAAUCAAACCUGUUGCUAACGCUAGCGGGAGCAACCUCAGGCAAAGAAGACUCCUGAUUGGUCUGUUAUUAAUCUUCAUAUAAAUAGUG